AUGUUUGAAGAAGCUUGCUUGUGCAGAGAGAUUGCUAGGAUGCUGGCAGAUGAGUUAAAGAAGCGUGUUGUAAUAGUGGAUACAUCUAAUGAAAUUGGAGGUGAUGGUGAUGUUCCUCAUGCGGGCAUAGGCAGGGCAAGGAGGAUGCAAGUUCCAAAUGUACAUAUGCAGCAUAAUGUUAUGAUUGAAGCAGUUGAAAAUCAUAUGCCUGAAACCAUUAUAAUUGAUGAAAUUGGAACAGAGCUUGAAGCAUUAGCAGCUAGUACCAUUGCUCAAAGAGGAGUCCAAUUGGUUGGAACAGCACACGGAAUGACAAUUGAAAACAUAAUAAAAAAUCCUUCUCUUUAGAAUCUUGUUGGUGGCAUAGAGAGUGUAAUCCUUGGAGAUGAAGAAGCUAAGAAAAGGAAAGUGCAAAAGACAAUUCUAGAAAGGAAAGGACCUCCUACAUUUACUUGUGCUGUUGAGUUGAUAUCUAAAACUGAAUGUCGCGUUCAUCAUAGAUUAGAUGCAACUGUGGAUGCCAUUUUAGCAAAUGGAUCUGUGACUACGAAGAGGUCACCAGUUCAAGUGUAUACUUACAAGAUUCUUGAAGCUGAUCUACUGCAAGUAGCAAAGGUGAUGGGACUUGAAGAUUUAGUAGAUGUAACAGAUGAUAUUGGAGCUGCUGAUGCAAUUCUAGCAUCCAGUUUUGAGAUACGACAGAACCCAUGGAUUCGUAGUGUAGCGAAAUUUCACAAGUUACCAAUUUUUGUUAUUAAAUCUAAUACCAUGGCACAAAUAGUACAAAUGGUCAAAGCAGUACAUAUGAUCCUUGGGCUAGAAUCAUUUGGCCCUGCACCGAAAAAACCUUACAAUGAUGCUCUUGAUAUUGAAAUCGAGGAUGAUGAACCAAAACGAAAACCAUCUCCGGAAGAGAUUGAUGCCUUGGAGGUACAAGCCUUUUCUUUUCUCAGAUGA